AUGACGUCUACCGGAUCUAGUGAAUCGGACGGCGAAAGCGCAGAAACCUGGCUUUAUUCAGCAUCGAGCACCGCCGUUUCAUCGGAAGACAGCGAAGACCGCGAUUUUGUGGUUUCUGAUUCGGAGCCGCUUUCGUUCCACGACAGUAGGGCCAGCUCGCCAGACAGAAACGUGCCUCGGUCUGCCUGCGAUAACGACGAUGCCGACCCGAAACCAGUAUAUCCCCAUCAACUGUGA